GCAGUAGUGAGAGGGUAAAUGCUGAGAGGAGCUCUGCUUGGCAUCAGGGGUGCAAGCCUGCAGAGACAGAUCGGCUUUACUGCUGUUAGAUGCCUUUACCCCCGCGGAUCCCCAGUGAGUGAUCCAUCUGAGGAAAGCAAUAACAGAACUUGUACUUAAAAACUCGGAGAGUCGCUUCAGAUUGUAAGAGAAUGGGGAAAAAAAAGCAGAAAAAAGGCUCAACCAGCUGCCGGGAACUGACAUUUGAUGAGGAGAAGAGAAGGGAAUACCUGACUGGUUUCCACAAGCGUAAGAUGCAGAGGAGAAAAGCUGCCGUGGAAGAAAUCAAACGUAAGAUUAAAGAAGAACAGAAAAAGAUGAGAGAGGAGAGACAUAAGGAAUAUAUGAAAAUGUUAAAGGAGAGAGAGGAAGCACUGUGUGAGCUGGAGGAAACUGAUGAGCUGGAGGGGCUGGUGACAUCUAAGUGUGAAUCGGUUCAGUAUGAUCACCCUAACCACACUGUAACAGUGACGACUAUCAGUGACCUGGACCUUUCUGGCAUUGGAUUGCUGCCUUUGGGUAAAGCACAGCAGGAAGAGGAGGAGGAAAAUGAAAAAGAUGCAGAUGAGGAACAGCCAAAAUCUUCAGUAUCACUACCCAAAAAAGCCGGGGAUCCAUUUCUGUCCAAAAAGAUUUGCUCCCUCACUGCAUCCUUGCAUGCUCGUAGUCAGCGCAAGGCUGGAAAGCGCCCCUCACGGACUAAUGAUAAAAAGAAGCAAACAUCGGGCAAACAAGUGUCAGGACGCACCAGCAAGGCUCAGAGGAGAAAACAAACUGGGAAGAUCGGCAGGAACCGAGACUAAUGCUCUUUUAUUGUCUGUACUGAUGUGUUUUCAAAUGAUUUGAUGCUAUGGAAGAAGAAUAUCAACCUGCACUCUUUCCUGGGAUUUGCUGUGUACCAACACCUAAUACUCCCAGUAAGGGGGACUUCAAUCCCAAAUCCCAGGGCAGCAAUAUUUUGGCUGCAAAGUCUCAUCCAAAGAUUUUUCGAUACAUAUUUUCAUGUUUUUUUUUCAGUAAAAGCCAAAAGCUUUUUUUAUAUUUUUAGACUGAUAAAAAAAAAAAGUAUUUAAGUAUUAAAGUCUUUGUUC